AAUCACCCCAAAAAAGAAAUUUAAAUAUAUAUUUUAUAUUUGUAUUUAUUUAAUUAAACUUCAGUCAUGAAAUCUGCAAGGGACUGGCUCUCUUUUCUCUAUACCCCACGACAUUCACUAUCACAGAUCUCCAUCUCUCCACCACCUCAAAUUCCAUUACCUCCAAAUCCAAAUUCAAGCUUGAGGUCUCAAAAAUUAGUAGAUAUACUAUACAUACAAAAUAUAAUAGAAAUAAGAAAAAAACAAGAAAUACCCAUUUUCUCGAUUGCCCUCUCUCGAUCUCCUCCCAAUCUCACCAUGGCCAUGGCACUCUCUUACAACCCUCUCCUCGCUCACCCAGCCCAGUUCAACAAAGCCCACUUCAGUUUUCACCCUACCCUUCCCCUUUCUGAAGAUAUGCUGAAGAGUUUGUACGGCAGUAGAAGAAAUCGAAGGAGAAUUGGGAGAAGUUGGGCCCCUAAAGCUUCGUCCUCAGCUGGGUCUGUGGAAGCUCCACCCGGUCCUCCGAAACAGGCCCCACCGAAGCUCCGGAUCCUCGUCGCCGGCGGUGGGAUUGGGGGGCUGGUGUUUGCGCUGGCGGCGAAGAGGAAAGGGUUUGAUGUGCUGGUGUUUGAGAAGGAUAUGAGUGCUGUUAGAGGUGAAGGGCAGUAUAGGGGGCCUAUUCAGAUACAGAGCAAUGCUCUGGCGGCGCUUGAGGCGAUCGAUUUGGAGGUUGCCGAGGAGGUUAUGAGUUCUGGAUGUAUCACCGGGGAUCGGAUUAAUGGUUUGGUCGAUGGAAUAUCAGGAUCUUGGUACAUAAAGUUCGAUACAUUUACUCCUGCCGCAGACAGAGGACUACCAGUGACAAGAGUUAUUAGCCGUAUGAAACUCCAGCAGAUAUUGGCCCGUGCAGUUGGUGAUGAUGUUAUUAUGAACGACAGUAAUGUUGUUGAUUUUGCAGAUGAUGGGACUAAAGUAACGGUAACACUUGGGAAUGGACAAAAAUUUGAAGGUGAUCUUCUUGUGGGAGCUGAUGGUAUAUGGUCGAAGGUACGUAAGAUCUUAUUUGGACACUCAGAGGCAUCUUAUGCAGGCUACACCUGCUACACUGGUAUUGCAGAUUUUGUGCCUGCAGAUAUUGAAAGUGUUGGGUACCGAGUGUUUCUAGGCCACAAACAAUAUUUUGUUUCUUCUGAUGUGGGUGCUGGAAAGAUGCAGUGGUAUGCAUUUCAUAAGGAACCACCUGGCGGCACAGAUGUUCCAAAUGGUAAAAAGGAAAGGUUGCUUAGCAUAUUUGAGGGAUGGUGUGAUAAUGUCAUUGAUUUAAUAGUUGCUACUAAUGAGGAAGAUAUUCUUCGUCGUGAUAUUUAUGACCGGAUACCAAUUCUAAGUUGGGGAAAAGGUCGUGUGACUUUACUUGGAGAUUCUGUUCAUGCUAUGCAGCCAAACAUGGGUCAAGGUGGUUGCAUGGCCAUAGAGGAUAGCUAUCAACUUGCUCUUGAACUUGAGAAAGCUUCAGUACAAAGUGCUGAGACUGGGACCCCUAUUGAUAUUGUGCCUUCUCUAAAGCGUUAUGAGAAAGAAAGAAGAUUUCGUGUUGCAGCUAUAUAUGGAAUGGCAAGAAUGGCUGCAAUAAUGGCUUCCACUUACAGGCCAUAUUUGGGUGUAGGUCUUGGACCACUAUCGUUUUUGACCAUGUUCAGGAUUCCACACCCUGGUAGAGUUGGCGGGAGAUUUUUCAUCAAAUAUUUAAUGCCGAAAAUGCUGAGUUGGGUACUUGGUGGUAACAGUUCAAAACUUGAAGGAAGAUCCCUAAGCUGUCGCCUCACUGACAAGGCAAAUGACAUGUUGCAAAGAUGGUUUGAAGAUGACGAUUCCAUGGAACGUGCUCUUAGUGGAGAGUGGUAUCUUUUCCCUGUAAAUAAUGCUAAUGGAGGGCAGCCCAUUAAGUUGAUUAAAGAUGAGAGAAGACCAUGUAUCAUUGGGAGUCAAUCUCAUACAGCGUCGCCUGGAAUAUCAAUAGAAUUAUCUUUUCCACAGGUGGCUGAAAAACAUGCCCAAAUUAGUUGCAAAGACAACGCUUUUUACUUAACUGAUCUAUGUAGUGAGCAGGGCACAUGGAUUACUGACAAUGAAGGGAGGCGAUACCGAGUACCUCCAAAAUUUCCAGUUCGUUUCCACCCAUCCUAUGUCAUUGAAUUCGGCUCUGACAAGAAGGCCGUGUUUCGAGUGAAGGUGCUCAAGACACUUCCGGGAGCUCCCCCAAAGAAAGAGCAACAAAUACUGCAGGCAGUGUGAAAGACUCUAAAUUGAUUGUAUGAUAGAGAGUUAUUGUACAGCAUUCAACAGGCGUAUACAAUGUGAAGGAAGCUCCUUAGAUAUCAUGCUUUUUCCUUUCUUCCUCAGCAAUAGAGCAGGAGUCAGUAAUUUGAUUCGAUAGAAUAUACAUUUUGAGUCAAUUCCUUGCUCAUUGAUGUUCAUAAUCAUUGUGUAUUUUAAAAAUUUUAAUAGUAUUUCUCAAAUAAAAUAGAAUAGAUUUGCUA